CGCUCCCUCGCUGCCAAGCCCUCUCUCUUCCUCCCCCCGUCUCUCCCUCACGCAGUCACGCCGGCCUGCUUCGGGAUCCAUCCAUGGCUAGGCAAGGGCUCGCGUAGCUACAUCCACCUCUCCGUCCACCUACUACCUGCUACGCUACUCCGGCUGGCCAGAUGGCGCAGGGAUGGGCAGAGAGGAUGGCUAAGGGAUGGGCAGACGCUAGCCACCUGGAUGUCUUUUGCUGGGGAACGGCCUGGAUCAGCCCUCUCUUUUCACUCUGGGCGACAUGCAUCUCGUGGCGCCACCGCGCGCUGGGCGGGGGUGGCCGGCGCCCGGAACCCACCAUCGCCGCGCUCAUGGGCAGCCUCGCCUGGCUCGCGUACGGAUUGGAAGUCAUCGACGACACGGUCGAGCCGCUGUCUGUCAACGCCUGGGGCGCCACGUUCCAGGCGGUGUACCUCGUCACUUUCCUCUUCCUGUGCACUGGUGAGGAGCGACGCCGUGCUAUCAGGCCGAUGGUGACCGCUGGGAUCUACGUGGCCCUCUUGCUCACCAUCGGCGGCGUCGACUCCGGCAGCUUCAAGUUGCUCUGCAGCAUCGCGGGUUCGGUGUCCGCCGCCGCGCCGCUGUUCACCUACUGGUUCCUGGACCAAGCUACGCUUCCACCCUGGGGCAUGUCUGCCUUCUCCAUCGUACACUGCUUCGCGUGGUGUAUACGGGGCGUCACGAAGCCGGUACCACAGCAUGAGGACUUAUACAUGGCGACGCAGAAUGGGAUCGGCGCUUUCUGCUCCUUGGUACUAGUGUUCCUGGCCUGGUUUUUGCCCGGCGCCCUGGCACCGCCCAUGGAAGAGGACAUGGAUCUCCUUGCGGCACUCAUCAACCCAGACGUCGUGGAAGUGGAACACCCUCUGUUGCCCGGCGCCCUGGCACCGCCCGUGGAAGAGGACAUGGAUCUCCUUGCGGCACUCGUCAACCCAGACGUCGUGGAACUGGAACACCCUCUGUUGCCCGGCGCCCUGGCACCGCCCAUGGAAGAGGACAUGGAUCUCCUUGCGGCACUCGUCAACCCAGACGUCGUGGAAGUGGAACACCCUCUGUUCCCCGCUCCCCCACCGCCGCCGAGACGCAGGAGCACCGGCGCUGACGUCGACGCGCACCACGACCCACCGCCGCCGAGACGCAGGAGCACAUGAGCCGGACUCCGGCGACCGUCGCUCUGCGAAGAGGACGAAAGCGGCCGACCUGACGUGCGAACCGAGGCCAGCAUGCCUUCUGUUUGACACUUGUCCUUCCUCACACUCAUCAUUCAUCAGUACGUCGCUUGCUAAGGCUGCCUGUCAAGUUAGAACUGAGUUGGAUGUUGCUUUUGUGAGAAUUCAAGUUCCAAAACUUACUCUGAGCUAGAAUUCAGCACCCGACAUUCAUGUGUUUCACUUCAUGCAUAUGUUGAAAUGGAGCACAUCACAUAACACA